CACUGCUCCACUUGGCUGAUUCGUUCUUGUCGCGACGAUACGCACGUAUGUACAUACAUAUACAUAUAUUUAUAUUCGUUCUGUCUCUUAUUUUGCGUGGCACGCAACGACACGCGCACUAGUAGUGAGGUCGAAACGGAUGUUUCAAAUUUACUCGGAAUUCGCGCGACUUUGCAAUACACUGACAAACCUCUCGCGGACGUCGUAUCGGUCACUCUGUGUGAGCAGGUUGUAACGUGACGCGAUCAACAUACGUACGCGUACACAAAAGCUCGUGGCAAAAUAAUAACGCAUAAAUACGCAUACGCGUUUUUCCAUCGUGUCUUUCGUGCUUAAAGUGUCGCUCGUCAACAAGUCGCGGCGAGUCGUCCACCACGAGACAUAAUCGAGAGAGUCGGACGAGAGGCGUAUUGGCCAUCUUGGAAGACAUGUCGUUUUGGAGUAAACGUCAACGACACAGAGUGUUUACCGUAUACACAUUCUAAAUGUUCGCGCCAGCUUGUUAUAAUAAUAAUAACAACGUUUACGGUUGAUUGUCGGACGGCGACGACAACGACGACGACGUCGACGACGAAGAGCAUCACGUCGCAUCACGGCAGUGGUGACACGGUGGCGUAUCUGGCGACACGCGGACGUAUUUCCAAGCGGCCCGUCUUAGUACCUGCAUCACACGAUGAAUCGCGGUGACGGGCUGGUGCAGCGACGACGCGUGGUCAACAGCAGCAGCGGCGGGAGUGCCGGUGGCGGUGGCAGCGGUCAGGAUAGUGGAAACGCGGACCUCAUUGGUAACAACGACAAAUCGUCCGGUCAGAGCCCUGACUCGGAUUACUCGUCCCAAAAGGAUCUCAAUUGCAAUCCCACUAUCGACGAGGACUCGGACAAGGAGACGCGUCUGACCCUUAUGGAGGAGGUUCUCCUGUUGGGUCUGAAAGACAAAGAGGGAUAUACUUCCUUCUGGAAUGAUUGUAUAAGUUCUGGAUUGAGAGGAUGUAUCUUGGCAGAACUUGGCUUUCGGGGUAGGGUGGAAUUGGAGAAAGCUGGUAUGCGUAAGAAGAGUUUAUUAGCGAGAAAACUUCUCUUGAAAAAUGAUGCACCUACGGGAGAUGUGUUAUUAGACGAGGCUCUGAAACACUUGAAAGACACAGAUCCACCUGAGACUGUGCCAAGUUGGAUAGAAUACCUUAGUGGAGAAACAUGGAAUCCUUUAAAAUUAAGAUAUCAAUUGAAAAAUGUCAGAGAACGAUUAGCGAAAAAUCUUGUUGAAAAAGGUGUCUUAACUACAGAGAAACAAAAUUUCUUACUGUUUGACAUGACAACUCAUCCUCUUACUGAUAAUCUUGCCAAAAGUCGUCUCGUAAAAAAGAUCCAAGAGGCUGUGUUAGGUCGUUGGGUGAAUGAUGCCGCUCGUAUGGAUAGACGAACGUUAGCAUUAGUUAUUUUAGCUCAUGCAGCUGAUGUAUUAGAAAAUGCAUUUGCGCCAUUGUCGGACGACGAUUACGAAGUAGCGAUGCGAAGAGUACGGACGUUAUUAGAUCUCGAUUUCGAAGCAGAAGCCACUAAACGUAAUGCGAAUCCAGUACUUUGGGCUGUAUUCGCUGCAUUCACUAAGUAACAUUUAUCUCGUAAAUUAUAUGGAAUAAAUAUCGAAUACUAGUGUGAAUAAUACAAUUACAAAUUUUGCAUGUCCUUCAGUUAUAAUAUAAAAAAAAGAAUCAUUCAGACCAAAUUAUCUGUAUUAAAACUAUAUAGGACUACUCUUUUUAGGAGAUUACGAUCAUUUCCAUUUAUUGUUAUUUAAUACAUUUGAUAUAGCUGAAUAACAAAUGUUCGUAUUUAAAUAUUAUGAAGUAACAAGUCCAAAAGUCCAAAAGUAUGAAUGUAUGUUUUGUGCUCGAUAAUGCUAUUUCCAUUCGGAGAGAAGCAGUUAUAUUGUGCUGAAUUUUAUUCUAUGCUUUUUGCUUAGUGUCCAUCGUGUUUACGAAUAUGUCCAUUUGUGAACACAAUAUGAGACGCGGGACACUAUGCGGGGUGCCUCAAAAUGGAUGCUAGGUGGUAGUAUGUUGAAGGAAUUUGGAUAUAUAAUAAUUGAAAUAUAUGUUGUUAGCCAUAAUUGAAAUAUAUGAAUAUGUACAUAUAUCUUUUUAAAUUCUAUUUUUUAAUAUACAUGUGCCUCUUUGUUUAUACAUAGUAUCUAUGAUUUUGUGUUAUAUCCGCGCGCGCAAGAAUUAUUUUUGAUUGAAUAUAUUUUAAACUUAUAUAUAAUUAAUUUUACAUUGUACAUUUCAAUUUUUUCAGAAACCAUUUUUAAAUAUUAAAUAUUGAAAAAAUUUUUCGAAUUAUUAAUUAUUACUUUUUUUUAUUAACUAUAUCAAAUUUGUGGAGAUAAGAUUUUACAUAUGGCAGACCUGGUGAGACAGAUUGUCACAUUUUCCUGAUAAUGAUUUAAAUAUAAAUUCUAUAAAAAAUUCUCUUUCCGCUCUUUCUACUUCUAUAUAAAUGUUUACUUCAUACAGACCAUUAUCUAUGUCCUCUGAUAUGUAAAAAGAUUGUAUUAAUAGUAUUAUCGUAGGGCAAUAAUGUAUUCAGAUUUAAAUGCGAAAAGAUAUCGAAUUAUUAUUUGUUAUUGAUAUAUUUUAUGUUACUGGAAAUUUUUUAAAUAAAUGAUUAUUUCAUUACAUAAUCUAUCAAUUGAAUAUAAGAAAUUCUCUUUGGAUAAUAAAGAUUGAUUAGCAUUCCAUUUAUAAGAUAAAUGGGAUGUUCUCAGGCUACUUAAAAAAGAGAAAAUACUUCAUUUUUUAAAUAUAUAAAUUUUUUCAUGUUUUUAAAUAUUUUUGAAAGUAAAAUUUUAUCUAAAUUAUUUUUUUCAUAUUCGGUAUACAUAUGUGUACAUAUGUGUGGGAUUAUUAAAAAAUAUGAUUAAAAAUAUCAUGUGUCAGAAGUACUUCAAGGGACGUUGAAUCAUAAUAGAUUUGUUCUUAGACAUAGUUUUGUAAAUAAUUAUUUAACACUGAAAGUAAUAUCUCAUAAAAGAAAGUUUAUCGAUAAAUUUAUCUGUUUCAGCAGAGAUUUGUUAGAUUAGAGAUGGAUAUAAACUAUUGGAUAGGAUUUCAUUAAUGGAUGAAAUAUAUUGUAAGAGCAGAGCAUAUAUAAAAGAUAUAUUAUGUAAAAGAUUUGUAGUUACCUGUAUGACAAAAGUAGCUCUAAUAUAAAUUCAAAUACUUCAUAUGUUUAUUCUCACUUACUUUCUGUUACUAAUAUUGUAUAGAUACAUAUAUGUGAUGUAUAUAAAUAAUAAAAGUGCAAGAGGCAUUUGAAGAGUAAACGGUAUUUGAUCAGGAGUACUCGAGAAAAAUUAAUUUGUCUGCCAAAUUUUUAUUCCUUUACGCGCGAGAACAAUGAUAGUCGUGCUUAGAGUUAAUAUAAUCAGAAUUAAUUUUUAAUUAAUUCUUUUUGAAAUAUUCUCUUUAUACCGAUUAAAUUCAGCAUUUACUUCUGAAUGCCUCUUGUAUAAUGCAUAUUGGAUCAAGAUGAAUGGAAGGAAGGGGGUUAAAUUAUAAUAUAUGAAAAAAUAUCAAAUUUUUAA